AGGUAUGCGCUGGGCAGCGGCGGGGCUCACCAAUCGGACACUGCAUCCCGCAUCAGCCGCCCGUGCUUUUACUCUUCGCCUCUCAGGAGCCCCGCUGCCCCACGCUGCUGUCCGGGCCGCGAAGCCCUGCGCCAGGUCUGCGGUCCCCCAAGUCACUGUGGGACCCUUUCCUGCCGCGGCACCUCGCUCCCCUAGCCCCGACCCUAGGCGCCGACUUCCAUCGCGGUCGGGCAUCCUCGCCUCCAUGCGCUCGGUCGGGGACCAGGUGCGCGACUGGCACCAAGGCGUACAGGCCGUGGCGCGCGGGGACUGGGACGGUGCGCUGUGCCUCUUCUCUGGCGUCCUAGAGCCGCCCGCAAGGAUGUGCUUCAACGUGGGCUGCGUGCACCUGCUGGCCGGUGACCCCGAGGCCGCGCUGCGGGCGUUUGACCAAGCAGUAACCAAGGACCCCUGUAUGGCUGUUGGCUUCCUCCAGCGAGGAGUGGCCAACUUCCAGCUGGAGAGGUUCCAGGAGGCCCUGUCUGACUUCCGACUGGCCUUGGCACAGCUGAGGGGCAAUGCUGUCAUCGACUACACGCAGUUGGGCCUGCACUUUAGGCUGCAGGCUUGGGAGGUGCUGUACAAUGUGGCAUCGGCACAAUGCCAGGUAGGGCUCUGGACUGAGGCUGCCAACACUCUAGCGGAGGCCAUCUCCAAGUGGCCAGAGGGGGCCCAGGACGGUCUGGACAUGGCCCUGUACCAAGUACAGAAACAGGACCCCCUGCAGCUGCGGCAGGUCCCCAGGGGUGAAGUCUUCCGACCCCACAAGCGGUACCUGGAGCACUUGGAGCCUGUGGAUUUCCUCGGCAAGGCCAAGGUGGUGGCCUCCAUAUUCCCCGAGGAGCAAUACUCAACUGUCCAGUCUCAGCAGGAACAGGGAGUUGGCAGUGAAGCUGGUCCUGGGACUGUGCCACGGGAGCAAGUCCUAGACCUGCCAAGAGCCAGCACUCGCCAUGGCCCCACUGACGUGGAGAUGGAAGUCAGCACUGACCAGAGGCCCCAGGUGAAGAAAGUUGGCAAACAGGCCCCUGUAUCCACAGGGCUGACGGCUUCUGGGGGACCUUGUCCCAGCCCCUCUGAGGACCCCUCAGCUGCUGUGGGAGCAGCUGCAAAGGGCCCUGAAUCCUCAGUGACUGUCACAGUGCAGUGUGCCUUCACAGUGGCCUUGAAGGUCCCAAGAGGAGCCUGCCUGUCCAGUCUUCAGGCUCUGCUUGUUCAGGCCCUCCCUCACCAGGCCCAGCUCGGGCAGCUCAGUUACCGAGCUCCAGGUGAGGAGGGGCUCUGGGUCCCUAUCACUGGGGAGGAGUCACUGCAGAGUGCGUGGCGGGACACAGCGUCCAACUCCAGAGGGCUACAGCUCCAGUGCCGGGGAGCUGCGGGUCGACCAGUCUUGUACCAGGUGGUAGCCAAGCAUGAUUACUCAGCCCAGGGGCCGGAGGACCUGGCCUUCCAUCAAGGAGACUCAGUGGAUGUCCUAUGCGAAGUGGAUGAGGCUUGGCUGGAGGGGCACCGUGAUGGCCAUAUCGGCAUUUUCCCCAAGUGCUUUGUGGUCCCAGCUGGCAUCUGUGAGGAGCCCUCACCUGUGCCAGAACCUCAGCGGGGAGACCAACAUUAAGCAGUCUUAUGGCAAGGCCGGUUUUAAUAAAAACU